AUGCUCGUGUCCACGUUGCCGCCGAUGACCCUGCACCCAGAUCUAAGUGUGUUAGAUUUGAGCCUUUUCAACUCAAUUCAAGCGUUGCAACAGACCAUGGAAUGCCAGACGAUCGAUGACCUGGUGCAUGCUGUGGAGAAGUCCUACCACGACUUGUCUCCGAAAACGUUGGGAAAGUCGUUCUGUACCCUGCAGCGCGCCAUGCAAGCCGUCGUCAAAGCGAAUGGUGACAAUAGUUACAAGAUCCCUCGAAGUAAAGACAAAGAUGACGACAUGGCUACGUUGGAGCAGUUGGACCGGCGAAUUGAAGAAGAGAGCCGUCUGGACGAAUUGAGUGAGCUUGUCAACCUCAUUGCGGUCUAA